AGGCGUGUGUGUCUGUGUGUGUGUGUGUGUGCAUGCGUGUGCGUGUGUGUGUGUUUACUGCUCGUCACGGAGGACAGACGAGGGGAGUGAGUCCCAGAGGAGCCGCUAACUCACCGUCCCUCUGCCCCAGCUGGACCCGCGGCCGGACUCCUCACUGCCGGACUCCUCACUGCUGACACACGAGAGGGCUGAGGAGUGACAGGAGGCAACAUGGUGGAUUACUAUGAUGUCCUGGGAGUUUCCAAAACAGCCUCUCAGGAAGACAUCAAGAAGGCGUACAGAAAACAGGCUCUGAAAUGGCAUCCUGACAAAAAUCUAGACAACAAGGAGGAAGCAGAGAAGAAGUUCAAAGAAGUUGCUGAGGCCUAUGAAGUCCUGUCAGACAAGAGUAAACGUGCUGAUUAUGACGGAUUUGGAAACGACAGAAUGGGACACACAGGUCCCUCCAGCUCGGACUUUUCUUCAGAUUUCCCAUUCACCCACACAUUCCGUAGCCCAGAUGAGGUAUUCCGAGAAUUCUUUGCCGGCCAGGAUCCAUUUGCUUUUUUUGACGACUUCCCAUCGUUUGGAGGCUCAUCCUCUCGUCCCGGCCCCGGUCGAUUCUUCUCUUUCCCUGCAACCAAAGUUGACUUCACCUCGUUCUCCUCUUCAUUGGGGGGCAUGGAUGGGAUGGACAGCAUGGGAGGAGGGAUGAGCAACUUCAGAUCAGUCUCUACCUCCACUCGCAUCAUAAAUGGCAAGAGCACCACUACCAAGAAGAUAAAGGAAAAUGGGCAAGAGAGAGUAGAAAUUGAGGAGGAUGGGGUGUUAAAGAGUGUCCUAAUUAAUGGCAUGCAAGAUGAAAUGGCUCUUGCUUUAGAGCUAAGCCGACGACAGGGAAAGUCGCACCCUUCCCCUCAGAAGGCAAAGCUCCCGAACAGAUCGCCUGCCAAGACCGACAGACCCUGUCCGAGCCGUCAGCCGGAGGCCACACAUCGGUCAUUCAGCUCCGCCCCUUUCUACAAUUUAGCAGGGACUGCGGGAGCUACCGAGCGUGAAGAAGACGAUGAAAACCUGCGGAUUGCUUUGGCAUACAGCCUGUCAGAAUUGGAAGCAAAGCAGAGAGCAGCUCCUUCUGACUUCAUAUCAGGUGCUGGGGGCAGGGAUGGAGUUUCUAAGACCCAAAAGGUGUAUGUGUCCAGUUAUACAACGGUUUUGACAAAUGAGAAAGUUAAAGAUGGGCCGGUUAAAGUAGGCACAGUGUUUGAAGAUAGAUGGGUAAGGGAGAGAAAGGAAGCCGGGGAACCAGUAUCCUCUCCUGAAUCCUCCUCAACUGCCGAAACUACGCCGCUCAGCCAGUGCAGUGAAGAAGCACAUGAACCUGCCACAAAAAAUAGUGACGGCAAUGUGAAAAAGAAAAAAAAGUGUGGCUGUAUUUUGUGCUAAAAAACUGUUUAUGUGUUUGGGAUUCUUUACACUUAUCUCAGUGUUCUGCCUGCAGCCAACUCUAAUAUAAUGUUUUUGCCAGAAUCUAAAUUCAAGCCAGUGGCUGAUGACCUCUGGUCACCUCUGAAGGAGACGGUGUGAGUCAGCUCUGACAGGACCUGUGGUUUACCGCUGUUUCUUUUUCUAAUGUUAAUAUUCAACCCAAACAAUUCCAUAUAGUGUGCCAAAACAAAGCAAAGGUUUAAUAGUUUGUUAAGCAACACAGAGGAUUGUUACUGAAAUACGUCAAUUAGCAAAUGAUUUACAUAUUGCCAAGAGAAAUGAGUGGGAAUAAGAGGGUUUGGGUUAUGAUUUACUCAUUCAGACACUUUGUCAAAGGAAUGUAUCAGAGCUGAGGCACUCCCAACUGAUCGAAAUUGAAAGUAGGCCAGGUAACUUUCUCUGGUGAUUGUCGGCCUUCAACUGAUCUUUAUCUGACCAUAAAACACUUCUCCCACUGUUAGAUCCAAUGUUAUGACAUCUAAGGACAUAUAUUUGUGUUUUUUAUACACAAAAAAUCUUCUUUGCCAAGCUGUAGCAGCAUACCCAUAUAGCAAGGUAAAUUUCACAGGUAGAUUCAAAUUGCCAUGGUCAGUCAGAGCUUAAAGUCAGAGAUAAAUUCAGACUUGAGUGCUCUGGCUUGAUGAGGAGUUAUCCAAACCCUUGGAUCAUCUGCUAGUGCCAACGUGGGCCAUGUAACCUUUUUUACCAGUGACAUAAAAUGUUGGACAAAAGGGGAAAAUGUCACCAGCAAGCUGAAAGUAUUGCUGGUGAAAAGUUGUAUUUAAAGAGAUUAAAAAGUAAAAUAAUCUUUAGAGAAACACUAAGAAUUUAUAGAGAUGUAAUAUUAUAUAUAGAAGAUUUUAACUCCUGAAGGCUAAUUUUGAGGCAUAGUUUCCCGAAUUUUCUCCAUGGAAUCUGUGUUUUCAUACUUUCACAGUAUUUGUACAGGACCUACAUCUGCUUUAUGAUCAAAAUAGACAUGAAGAAAUGUCACUUUUUACUAUAUGGUACAUUUUAGGUGACGCACAAAAUCACACCCUUUGCCAAAUUCAAAUACUUGGUCAGUGCAAUACGUACAACCUUAAAAGGUAGCCAAGCUUUUAUAUUUUUUGUAUAGCUCUUGAAUCAUUAUAUUUGAGUAUGAUAUCAUCACUACAUUUGGUCAGAUUGUAGUUUGCAGCACUUUAUGAAGGCAUAGCACAGUGUGGAAUGUGUACGGCAUUAUUACUGAAUUCAUGAAAAUUCAUGAAAAAAACCGUAAUAUUUGUAUCUCUUUGGUGCCUUUAAUGAUUUGAACUACUUGUUCUCUAUCGUGUCAAGACUAUCUUUCCACUAGUGGUGCUUAUAAAGCCCACUGUGGCUGAUCAGCAGGAUGAUGUGUCUCAAAGAGUAAUAAUCGUCAGCUGCCCCUGUGGGCGUUAGUCCCCAUACAUAUGGGAUAUGUAGGGUGAACCUGGGUUACCAACGUAACCACCUGUUAACAAUGCUUAGAUUAUCACUGCAAACGUUGCCAGAAAAUAAUAAUGUAUUUUAAGCAAAGUAAAUGCACUUCAAUCAACAAAGUGCAUGUUUUUUUGUAUUUGUAGAUUCAAGCCAAUAUUUCCUCCCACUGAGGAACAUGGCAAAACUCUGCAUCAGUGUUUUCAGGUGUUCUGAGGAAGAAAUGUGGAUGAAGAGUAAUGAAAAGUAACUAUUAAAGAUGUGCAAAAGUAAAAAAAAAUAGCUUAAUCAACAAAAUACUUCUAGUCUUAUGUCUAGGAUUAAGUGCUCCUUAGAAAAAAAGUUAGACUCUAUCUGCUCUGGUUGAGCUGUAUUCAUUUUAGACUGCCAUCCUCCAUGAUCCACCAAAAUGACAGACUUGGAUUUAGUGGCACCUAGUGGUGAGGUUGCAUAUGAGGUUACAACCUACUUAAACCUGCUCCCCUGUAUAUUAUCAAAGACAACCUAAUGGCCUUUAGGUAAAAUAAAACCAUCAAAUGCCCUCUGUAGAGCCGGUGUUUGGUUUGUCCGCUCUGGGCUGCUGUAGAAAUAAAGCAGUGCAACAGGACGGACUCUGUGCAGGAGGAUUUGCUGCCUGUGUAGAAAUAAAGGGCUCAUUCUAAAAAACCUAAUCAUGAAUAUACUGUUCAAUUUCAAUUGAUAAAUCUGGUACUGUUUUUUUAAACAAAUGAACAUUGUCAACAGUGUCUUGUUUAGAACUGCUUUAGCUGUAGCUACUGCUCAGUUGGGUUAUCGCCUGACUUCUUCUUUGUGCUGGAACUCAACAUCCAAGUAUUACUGUAAAUUAUUUCCAGGGCUGUGUGUGUGUGUGUGUGGGUGUGUUUUGUUGUGUUGUGUGGCAGUCUUAUAUUUUUCACGAGUGCCUGCAUGGGUUUUUGCUUUCACUUUUAAAGAUGAAGCUCACAGCUGUGAGAUUAUAUCAUCAGAAUUCAGAUUGUUCUGACUAAUCAUGUGUAUCCUUGCUUUAUGAUGACAUGUGGAGAGGGAAAUAGGAAGAGGUACACAGCAAAUGGGAUUUCUUAUAUAGAAAUAUAUUAAAUUGUAAUCUUUGUGCUACAUUGAAGUUUUACUGUUGUUAUUUCUAUUUUCAAAUUGUUAAAAAGAGAAAUUACAAAUAAAGAUUGAGCCAAAA